GUUCCUAAAUCAUCAUUCACACUCACACACACACACUUCAGUUAACGUUGGAAGAAGAAGAUGUCGUUAAACGAGAAUGAUGAUGCCGUACGACGUCGUUCUGCUGCUGUUAAUGAUUAUCGCAAAAAGCUUCUCCAUCACAAGGAACUUGAUUCCAGACUCCGAUCAGUUAGAGAGAAUUUGUUGACUUCAAAGAAGGUUUUCAACAAAUCAGAGGAUGAUUUGAAGUCUUUUCAGAGUGUUGGUCAAAUUGUUGGCGAGGUUCUCAGUCCUCUUGAUCAUCAACGCGUGAUCGUUAAAGCGAGCAGUGGGCCAAGAUAUGUAGUUGGCUGUCGUAGUAUGGUGGACAAGGAGAAACUGACUUCAGGAACUCGAGUUGUGCUGGACAUGACUACACUAACCAUUAUGCGAAUUCUUCCCCGUGAAGUCGACCCAGUUGUAUAUAAUAUGUUGCAUGAAGACCCUGGAAAUGUCAGUUACUCUGCAGUUGGAGGGCUUUCAGAUCAGAUUCGAGAACUAAGGGAAUCAAUUGAAUUGCCUCUAAUGAAUCCUGAGCUUUUUCUUAGGGUUGGAAUCAAACCACCCAAGGGUGUUCUUCUUUAUGGACCUCCUGGAACUGGGAAAACAUUAUUAGCGAGAGCAAUUGCUAGCAAUAUUGAUGCUAACUUCUUGAAGGUCGUAUCCAGUGCUAUAAUUGAUAAAUAUAUUGGUGAAAGUUCAAGGUUGAUUAGGGAAAUGUUUGGGUAUGCUCGUGAUCAUCAGCCUUGCAUCAUAUUCAUGGAUGAGAUUGAUGCCAUUGGUGGACGGCGUUUCAGCGAGGGCACAAGUUCUGAUCGUGAAAUUCAAAGGACCCUCAUGGAGCUUCUAAACCAGUUGGAUGGAUUUGAUCAGCUUGGAAAGGUUAAAAUCAUUAUGGCUACAAAUAGGCCUGAUGUGCUUGACCCUGCCCUUCUUCGCCCGGGUCGACUUGAUCGGAAAAUUGAAAUUCCAUUACCAAAUGAGCAGUCAAGGAUGGAAAUCCUUAAAAUCCAUGCUGCUGGAAUUGCAAAGCAUGGUGAAAUUGACUACGAAGCAGUCGUUAAACUUGCUGAGGGGUUCAAUGGUGCUGAUCUUCGUAAUGUUUGCACUGAAGCUGGGAUGGCUGCUAUUCGUGCAGAACGUGAUUAUGUACUUCAUGAAGAUUUCAUGAAGGCCGUGCGCAAACUGACCGAAGCAAAGAAACUGGAAGCAAGCGCCCAUUAUAAUGCAGAUUUUGGGAAAGAUUAAAAUAACUUUUUUGGUGGUACAUCCAUUUAUCUGGCACUACCCAAAGGACUUUUGGAGCAAGUAGAAUACUCCAUUUUUUCCGUUGUCUGGUCUCUUAUAGCUACUAACUGAUAUACUCUUGCUCCGAAAGCUUGAAUAGUUUUCAUUGGCUUUGCAGUUUAAUUUAUUAUAGGUUAAGGUUAAAUACUUUCAGUAUCUAGGGUUGGCCCAACACAUUCUUAGGACUAAAGCAAACUUUUAAGUGAGACAUUUUGUGAAGUACCAAAAUGAAAUUUUUGAUAUAGAUGCUUUUGUAGGUUUGUGCACAAUUUAUCUGUAUAACAAACUUAAUUAUGUUAGUUGUUUCAGUGUGAAAGGUUUAUCCUUCAACAUGAAAUGAAAUACACUUGUCUUCGAA